CACACCCUCCGCCCUCCAACGGGAGAGCGCACAUUCCUAUUGUCCAAGAUGGCGGCGUAGGUGCAGAUUCCCUGAUGCUGUCAUGUUUUUAAAAGAGUUUGUGCUUUUAUUUCGAUAUUUAUGCAAUUAUUCAACGCCCGGAGUGAUAGCGUGUCUCUGCCGAGCCGGUAGCCUGCAUCGCUGUUUCAGCUAACCCCCAUAGAGUCGCUCUUCUGGCCGGAUUCCCGUUGCAGGCAACGAAAAGUUUGAGCUCCAUCAUCCUUUGAAGAUGAAGAGGCAGGCCGGGAGGGAGACCAGUCCGUCCAGGGCCGCCGCUAAGCGGAUACGAGAGAGGGAGCGGGAGAGUACGCGGAGAGAAGAGCUCCCGCCGCCGCCUCUGGCUCUGCUGCUGGCGGAGAGCCGAGGAUAUCACCGCCGAAGCCGCAGCAGGGAGCGAGAGAAGCCGCGGCUCCGGGAGGAGCGGGCGGAGAGGGCGGAGCGGGCGGCAGCCCUGGAGCUACACCACCGACAUGAGCUCAGCCUCCUCGGUCGACCCCCGCUCCGGACCACGGCGGCGGAGCUUCCCGCCGCCCGGCCGGGCACUCUGGAGUACAAGACGCUGCUCAUCAGUAACCUGGGCUCGCAGGUCUCGGACGAGGACGUGGAGGACGCUCUGUUUCAUGAGUUCAAAAAGUUCGGGGACGUCAGCGUGAAGCUGUCUCACACCCCGGAGCUGGGCCGGAUUGCUUACGUGAAUUUCAGACAACCGGAGGACGCAAAGGAGGCCAGGCACGCCAAAUCCUCCAGAUUAGUUCUGGGUGACCGGCAGCUGAAGAUCGAGCCCAUGUACGUGAGGAGGCGGAGCGUGACGCCACCUGACGCCGGGUAUCUGCCUCUGCACGCCCCCUAUCCGUACAGACAACGCUCCCUGUCCCCACCGGGACCCGGGGCGAGCAGCAUCAGGGACCUGAGAGCUAGACACUACGCCCUGGAGACCCUGACUCUCAGCAGGGAGAGGGAGAGGCUGUUGGAUUACUACGGGAUGCUGGAUGAGAGGGGGCGGCCCUACGGGUUCCCUCCCAUGCCUGUGGUGGAAGAUUUAAAACCGGAGGACGACCAGAGGGCGACCAGCAACCUGUUCAUAGGAAAUCUGGACGGAAACGUGACAGAGGCAGAACUCAGGAGGGGGUUUGACAAGUACGGCAUCAUCGAGGACGUGGUGAUCAAGAGGCCGGCUCGUGGGCAAGGUGGGGCCUACGCUUUUGUGAAGUUUCAGAACCUUGACAUGGCUCACCGGGCCAAAGUAGCCAUGCAGGGGCGGCUCAUCGGAGGUAACCCCAUUAAGAUUGGCUAUGGUAAAGCUAACCCCACGACCCGGCUCUGGGUCGGCGGUCUGGGGCCUGGAAACUCACUCGCUGCUCUGGCUCGAGAGUUUGACCGCUUUGGCAGCAUCAGGAACAUCGACUAUGUAAAGGGGGACAGCUUCGCCUACAUCCAGUAUGAGAGUUUGGACGCUGCGCAGGCCGCCUGCAGCCAGAUGAGGGGCUUCCCGUUAGGCGGUCCUGAACGGCGUCUCAGGGUGGACUUUGCUAAAGUGGAGGAGAGCCCUGCUCGACCGUUUCCUCCUGGUUAUCAGCCUCCUGUCGCUGCCCCCUCCCACUAUGACCUCCUUGGGGAGGCCUACAGCCGCCAUCGCAGCCUGGAGCGAGAACUGAGGGGAGCCAGAGACCGCUCCUCGCCAACCCCCCACAACCUGCUCACCCAGAGGGAGCGAGACAGGGUCCUGCUAGAGAGAGACUUCUCCACCAGCCCCACCCGCAGCGUGGAGAGGAGACUCGGGGGUGUGGAGGCCUUUGGGAGGAGUGGGAGAGCAGUGAGGAGCCGGAGCCGGAGCAGGGAGCGCUGGCUGAAGGAGAGGGAGGAGAGGAGGGCCAGGAGGAGGAGCAGGAGUCCGUCUGCUGACAGGCAGGUGGAGGAGAGGGACAGCGUGAAGGAAAGGGGGAGGUCCAGGGUUCGAGGUCCAGGAGGGGUCAUCUCUCCCGAGGCGAGCCCGGACAGAGCAUGCGUUCGAGCUCCUGACUCCACCACAGAGCCCAGAGACCACUCCCCUGACAGCGGCGCAGGAGGGCGACACGCCACCAAUGAAGAAGACCCCCCAUCAGGCCGCCACCACAGCAAGCGGUCCUCGAGUGACCAUCUCAACAAUCACCACCAUCGGAACAGCGAAGUCAUCAGCUCUCCUGCCACCGUCAUGGACACGCACUCCUCCUCCUCCUCCUCUCCCAGCACGCUGUCAGAGUUUGCCGCAGCGUCACUUUCUAAAAUCUGGCACGGCUUCUUCGCUCUGAAGAACAGCAGUUUCCCCACAGACCUGUACCUGCUGGAGGGGGGCGUGGCCUUCUUCAACACGAUGAUGAAGGAGAGUCUGAAGCUGCAGAGUCAGAACCAGCCGAGCCAGCUGAAGAUCGUCCAGCGGCUACGCAUGGACCAGACCCGCCUGGACGAGGUCCUGCGCCGCAUCAAACUCGGGCGGCCCGAUGGGUUUGCCAUCCUGCUGGCUCUGCAAGGCCCUGUCGACCGCCAGGCCCCUGCCCCCGAGCCGGGGCUGCAGGUGCGCCUGCUUCGCCACCUGGUGACUUACCUGCGGAACAAGGAAGCAGCCGGAGUGGUGAGUCUACCUGCUGCCAAAGACGGGGGGCCAGGGGCAAUGCUGUACGCUUUCCCCCCUGGCGUGUUCUCACAGCAGUACCUGCAGGCCGCCAAGAGGACUGUGGGUAACACGGACGAGGAGCACAUGGUCAUUGUGAUCGUUAAUGACACUAACUGAUGAAACACUGAACAGCUCUGACUUGUACAGACACGUGCAGGCAUGCACAUGCUCACAAACACACACUAACACACACACACAACGAGCAGAGAGGGCACUCGCUCUGUGACUUCCACGCUGUUUUUAGAAACGUGAGAUUUAAUGUUUAUUGAUUAUCUUAUGAAUGAAACAGAGAAGAACACUACGUCUCUCUUUCUCUCUUCCUCUGUCAUGACUCCACGUCUCUCCUCUCUGACGCGCUUUCUUUAAAGGCAGAUAUGAAUGAGUGUGCACCACGGCCGUCUGCAGAAGCAAACGGUAUAAAGCAAUUCUAAUGUUCAACUUUUUACUUUAUAUUUGGGUCAAUGUUAGGAACAGGUGAAAAGCUUUGGGACUGCUCCUGUUGAGUGUUUGAGCCAUGGGGGAUGCAACUCCAUGCACACUAUGUCCUCAAAAUCUCUUGUUUUUGUCCCUGACAGGCUCAGAUUGUUACUCUAAGUGUCUGUCUUCAUUACAGAAAGAAUCCCUGCAGAGAGAGAGCUUUAUUUUACAAACUAAGAUGCUUACUGGAACCACAAACAGACUUUACAUCCCUCUCUUCACAGCCUUCAGACUCCUCUGACUAAAACACAAAUUAUACCUCAUCAAGCGGUGGACUCGCCCGUCUGUUGCUGCCUUCAUGGGCAAGUAUUUAUGCGUUAUUGUAAGGUUUAGGUGUUUAAAUGGCAGCAUAGAUGAAACACCAUAUAUGUUUAACAUUUAAUAACACAAAAUACAAACUGAAUGCGGCAGAAGCAGAUCUGGGAUCCCUUUUUAUGAUGAGCUUAAAAUGCAACCUCUUUAAUGAAGUUUGGUGGCUUUGAGAAAAGCAACAUUACAGCUAUCUGUGGUUUAAAGGAAGCAUUUCAGUUUUAAAUACAAAGAUCUGUCUCAUCUGUAAUGUUGUAAGACACUUGAAUGUGAGUCUGCGUCAGUCAAAGCCCAAGAAAACACUGAAGUGUCAGGUUUGGUCCGACGUGACGCUGGGUCUGGUCUCGACUGAUGCAAACUACCCGAGCAGUUCAAAACUUUUUAAACCCAUGAGUCGUCCAGACACAAAAUAUGUCAUCAUGUUUGAAAUGCACAGAAUGCCCUUUAAAUCAGUUUUACAAGGAACAUAAUGGAGAUGUGAUGUAAAUGUAAAGGCUGCUCUGAUCUUUGUACUCUAAAGUGUAACACUAAAUCGGAGAGGUGUGUUUCUAUGCUUGUUUACUUUAUUUGUAUUUUAUUGCCUUUUUAUGGGAUGUCGUUCUGUAAAUGGACAGACUUGGACGGGUUGCUUUUAUACAAAGUGAUUGUACUGUAAACUGAAUGGGAACGUGGCUCCUCCUCCACCUGUCUCUACUCGCAGGUUUGGACUGAUGUGACGUGUUUUUGAUUUUGCUAAAAGCACGAGUCAUUGGAGACGAUCAGGAUCUCCUGACCCGUCCUGAUCCUGUGACUGUAUAUUUGACAUAGAUCGUGUUUAUGAAUCGAACCAUUCCAGACUCUUCUCUUGUUUUGAAGGCGUGGCCGUGUCCGCUCUGUUGUUGCAUGCUGGAAAAGAAAAGAUUUAUAUUUUGUCAUGUAUGCUUCCCUUUCUGUAACCUGCUGAUUCAUGUUCAGCUGUCAAACUGGUGCUCUGGUGUUCUGAUCGUAUUACUGGUUCAGAUUUUAUAUUGUAUGAUGACUUUUAUUCAAUUUUAAUACAUCAAUCCAUCCAUCUUUUA